AGAGGACGAACGGCGAUGGCGGCGGUCGCAGCGGAUCGAGCUGCGGCCGCGGCCGCGGCCAGACAGCCACGACGCGAAGCUGUGCCCGGCCUCGACAGCCAGCGACACCAGAUAGAGAAUGGCGAGAAUGGGCGAGAGCGUCCACUCCGAGCCGGCGAAAGCUGGUUCCUUGUGGAGCGAGACUGGUAUAAACAGUGGGAGCUGUACGUCCAGGAAGGCAACCAGGACUCCUGCACCUUUCCUGGCUGCAUCAACAAUGCCAAGCUCUUUGAAGAUACAAUAAAUUGGCGCCUCAAGCAGGGCUUGGUGGAAGGCAAGGAUUACGUGCUGCUGCCAGCAGCUGCUUGGCGUUACCUGGUCAGCUGGUAUGGUUUAGAGCAUGGCCAGCCACCCAUUGAACGCAAGGUCAUAGAACUGCCUAGCAUCCAGAAGGUUGAGGUGUACCCGGUGGAACUGCUGCUCGUCCAGCACAAUGAUAUGAGCUCACCCCGCACUGUUCAAUUCAGCCACACGGAUUCUGUUGACCUAAUACUACGGACAGCGCGACAGCAGUUUCUGGUGGAGUCUCACGUGGACACGCGGCUGUGGGUCAAGAAUGCAGAAGGCACUCUAGAUCGCCUGUGUGACCCACACGUCACAGUGCUGGACGCUGCCCUCGAGUCUGGGCAGCUGAUUAUUAUGGAGACCCGAAACAGAGAUGGCACCUGGCCCAGCGCGCAGCUGCAUGUCAUGAGCAUAGCGGAAGAAGAUGAGGACUUCCAGGGCCAGCCGGGCAUCUGUGGUCUCACCAAUCUGGGCAACACGUGUUUCAUGAACUCAGCCCUGCAGUGCCUCAGCAACGUGCCACAGCUCACUGAGUACUUCCUCAACAACCGCUACCUGGAGGAGCUCAACUUCCGCAACCCGCUGGGCAUGAAGGGGGAGCUCGCAGAGGCCUACGCAGACCUGGUGAAGCAGGCGUGGUCGGGCCACCACCGCUCCAUCGUGCCACACGUGUUUAAGAACAAAGUCGGCCAUUUUGCCUCCCAGUUUCUGGGCUACCAGCAGCAUGACUCGCAGGAGCUGCUGUCAUUCCUCCUGGAUGGGCUGCACGAGGACCUCAACCGGGUCAAGAAGAAGGAGUACGUGGAGCUGUGCGACGCUGCUGGGCGGCCAGAUCAGGAGGUGGCUCAGGAGGCCUGGCAGAACCACAAGCGGCGGAACGAUUCUGUGAUCGUGGACACGUUCCACGGCCUCUUCAAGUCCACUCUGGUGUGCCCUGAUUGUGGCAACGUGUCUGUGACCUUCGACCCAUUCUGCUACCUCAGCGUCCCACUUCCUGUGAGCCACAAGAGGGUCAUGGAGGUCUUCUUCAUCCCUAUGGAUCCCCGGCGCAAGCCUGAGCAGCACCGUGUUGUGGUCCCCAAGAAAGGCAACAUCUCGGAUCUGUGCGUGGCUCUGUCCAAACACACCGGUAUUGCGCCAGAUAGGAUGAUGGUGGCCGAUGUCUUCAGCCACCGCUUCUAUAAGCUCUACCAGCUGGAGGACUCUCUGAGCACCAUCUUAGACCGGGAUGACAUCUUUGUAUACGAGGUGACAGGUCGCAUUGAGGCUAUCGAGGGCUCAAGAGAGGACAUUGUGGUUCCUGUCUACAUGCGGGAGCGCACCCCAGCCCGAGACUACAACAACUCCUACUACGGUCUGAUGCUUUUUGGGCACCCGCUCCUGGUGUCGGUGCCCCGGGACCGGUUCUCCUGGGAGGGCCUGUAUAACAUCCUGAUGUACCGGCUUUCACGCUACGUGACCAAACCCAGCUCAGAUGAUGAGGACGAUGGGGAUGAGAAAGGAGACGAGGACGACGACGAUGACAGCGAUGAUGAGGAUAAAGAUGCUAUGCCUGGGCCCUCCACUAGGGGCAGCCUCCGAGAACCCGAGCCAGAGCAGGCUGGGCCCAGCUCUGGGGUCACAAGGAGGUGCCCGUUCCUCUUGGACAACUGCCUUCGGUCAUCUCAGUGGCCCCCGCGGCGGCGGCGCAAGCAGCUGUUCACCCUGCAGACGGUGAACUCCAAUGGGACCAGCGACCGCACCACCUCCCCUGAGGACGUCCAAACCCAGCCGUACAUCGCCAUCGACUGGGAGCCAGAGAUGAAGCGGCGCUACUAUGAUGAGGUGGAGGCUGAGGGCUAUGUGAAGCACGACUGUGUCGGGUACGUGCUGAAGAAGGCGCCGGUGCAGCUGCAGGAGUGCAUCGAGCUCUUCACCACCAUGGAGACCCUGGAGAAGGAGAACCCCUGGUACUGCCCCUCCUGCAAGCGGCACCAGCUGGCCACCAAGAAGCUGGACCUGUGGAUGCUGCCGGAGAUUCUCAUCAUUCAUCUGAAGCGCUUCUCCUAUUCCAAGUUCUCCCGGGAGAAGCUGGACACCCUCGUGCAGUUUCCUAUCCGGGAUCUGGAUUUCUCUGACUUUGUCAUCAAACCGCAGAACGAGUCGGCUCCCGAGCUGUACAAAUACGACCUGAUCGCGGUUUCCAACCACUAUGGGGGCAUGCGCGAUGGACACUACACAACAUUUGCCUGCAACAAGGACAGCGGCCAGUGGCACUAUUUUGAUGACAGCAGCGUGUCCCCUGUGAAUGAGAAUCAGAUUGAGUCCAAGGCAGCCUACGUACUCUUCUACCAACGCCAGGAUGUGGUGCGCCGCCUGCAGCCCCAGUCCCCGGCCUCCCCUGCCUGCAGUUCCCCUUCCAGCUCUGAGUUCAUGGAAGUUAACUAAGCGGCCCUGGGGCCUGCCACAGGGAAGGAAGCCCUCCUGCCACCUUGCUUCUUGUGUCCACCCCCAACUCUCUUCUCUGUGCUCGGUGCCCCCACCAGGCGUUAACAAGGCUUAGUUGUGACUACCAUCUUCCUGUGCUGCUGCAUUGCGCUCUGCCGGGGGAGAGGAGGUCGUGUCUCCCCUGGCCUGUGUGUGCCCCUUAGAACGUACCCUCCCUCCUGGUCUUUAUUUAUGGUUGUCCCUUUCCCUCUUCCUCACCCUGGAGUGUUCUGAGUGGCUGCUAUGGGGGUUCACCUCAACAGAGAGUGUAUUUUCUUAUUGAGAUCCUGUACCUUCUGUUGUGUGUGUGUGUUAUAUAAAGCGCCUUGUGUUCCCUG